GUUUAUUAAUUCGCCAGUUGCUGCUGGCCCGGCUUAAUAGCUCGCACUCGUUAAACGUGUCGCGCCAGUGCCAUUCGAUUUCCCGUACCUAUCUCAUCAUGAACAUUCGUCGCGGUCAUUUAAUGCUGUACCUUUCGCUUAUCGGGUACGUGGUGGCCGAUUUUCCAUCACCCUCGCGCAUUACCUCGCAACGAGCCAUCAAACCAUUGCGGGAUGAACGGAAACAGAAGCUGCUACCACAGCAAGCGAUCCUACAAUCGGUGGGCAAAAGAUCGCACGGCCAGCCGGGAGUAAUACCACUGUCGGAAGAGUUGGAAAUGGUGGAACCGAUCGUUGGCGUUGGCAAGACCACUUCCGAUCAACCUUCGGUGUCCCCGGUAACGCAGGAAUCGCCCACGAACGCUACCACGGAAAGUGAUAUGUUUCGGUCGUACAUGCAAACGCAUCGGAAGAAAUAUUACGCCAAGUAUCGGGCCCAGCGUCGACGGUCCGCCUACCUGGACAAUCUGGAGGAAAUCAACCAGCACAACAAAGCGUUCGAGAAGGGCUCGAAUCGAUUCCGCAUGGCACCGAAUGCGUUCGCCGACAUGAACAACAGUGAGUACCGGAAGCGGCUGAUACGAUUAAAGAUGGACCCCCAUCGGAAGGUGAAGCCGGACAUCUCGGACGAGAUUGUCAGCUCAAGCAACGAGCUGCCGGAAGCAAUCGAUUGGCGCGAGAAGGGUUUCAAAACGGCACCGGCCAACCAGAAGACUUGUGGUUCGUGUUACGCGUUCAGCGUGGCGUACGCCAUAUCGGCCCAGCUAAUGAAGCACAUCGGCCGGGUAGAGUUGGUGAGCGAGCAGCAAAUGGUGGACUGUUCUACGACGGUCGGAAACUUGGGUUGCGGAGGCGGUUCGCUGAGAAACACGAUGAAAUAUCUGGAACAGGCCGGCGGGGUGAUGCGUGAGGUAGACUACCCGUACACGUCUUCGGUAAGUUUAGAUGGAAGGUAACACGGAGGGUAGGUAUGAAAAAAGGGGGUCAUCACAUUAUUUGAAAUCAGAAGACAUUGGUAAGUUUUUGCUCGCUUGUUUGCUUGUGCGAACCCAUUUCGCCUGAGUGCUGGCGACAAGGUAGAAGGUAACACGUUUUCAGCUAAUUUCACCUGACACCCACCCGGAUCUCGGACCGCACCAACUGGCCAAAUGGAAGAAGAGUGAUGCUGCGAGGGUGGCAAAUAAAUGACCACAUCAUGUAUUUACUGCACUUUUCGAGUGCUAAUUGUGUGAAGGCGUCCGAGACGGCUUUUCGAUGGACCAGCGCGGUGAGGACAAAAAGGCAACGACGACACCCGCGAUGAAGAGCGACGAAAAGACAAAGAGUUAUACCCUUCCCGUUUCCCGCAAAUUGCAUCAUGUGCCGUUUAUCGUAAUUGAUGAUAUUCCAGUGUGGUAAGCCUUGGUCAAUUGAGGGAGUAAAUAAUGGACCUGAAGUUCUCGCGAAUGCGCGUCGUGCCAAGCCUAAAGAGACAUACGGGGACAAUGUGCAGUUUCGCCUGUUUUCUUUUAGCGCCACUGCAUCUUGCGGCUGAGCGUAAUACGUAUACACCGACGCCAGCCAGCUUUGACGUACAUAAUUCAAUGCACCUGCCAGACCCUUACGCUACUAUCGCACAAAGGCCCGACGGGUGCAUUGUUGCACAAAACCUACGCCUAACCGGAAUCUAUAAAUAAGUCAGUGUGGCGGACCGGAGCAAAGCUUGUUAUACUCGGUACGGCCGUGCUGUGCUGUCGUCGGAUGACCGAUAACAAUCAGUGCACCGAUGGGACAGACCGCUUCCCGGCAAACGGUUUCCCGAUUGUAGGUGAAACGAUUGCAAAAUCAAAACCACAGUGCGAGCGGCCGAGGGGUAGAGCGUGGAAGAUUUCAAAUUAAACCUCAAUAAACAGAUCCCUUAUCAGUCGGGGAGACAUUCAACACGGUGAACCUGUAGCGUAGUAAGAUGUUUACAGUAGGCCGCAUUCCUUUAUAAACAUCGUUAGGCAGUGAUGUGGCCGGACGGAUGGACACCCCGGGGAACAUGCAUUUUAAUGAGCUUAGGUUGUGGGUAAGCUGGCUUUAUCACAAUCCUGCGUGAUGUAGGUGCUCGCAAUCCGAUUUGUAAGGAAGGAAAAUAAACUGUCGUCCAGUAAUCCGAGCUAGUGAGUGAUCUGUAUUAAGCUCUGUUAAACUAAUAUUAGCUAGUAUAUGCUUUAUAGAGUCUGACAGUCUAAAGUUGCCAGAAAAACCUUCAACAGUUAGCGCUAAUGAAACAAAAGAUAAGACAACCGUAUCUGAAUUAAGAUGAAACAAAGAACUGAUAUCUCUUAGGCCUUGACCUACUGAAGCAAUGUCCGAUGGAGGAUCGUCAUUUUCUCGACCUUGGCCUGACGCAUCCGUCCGCGUCAGCUCUGGUUUGUUGUAGUCGGAGUAAAGAGGUAUCUGAUGUCUCAUUAUGGCGUGAUCAGCUCACCGGAGCAGAACUAAAAAGUGCAAGAUGACAAACAGUCUUCAAGUUAGAGGUGCGGUCCUUGAAGUAUUGAAAUAUUGAAUCUUUUGGAAGGGCUGCCUCAAAGUUCAUGACGGUUCAUGCAGAGGCUUCAAGCGAUUUUCAAGAAAUAUUUCUAGUGAAUAAUCAAUUAGGAUUUUAGACGGCUUCAAAUCGACUUCAGAUCUUCUUCGCUUCUGUUCCUCACUGUCUUCUCCAGAGAUUAGAUAAUCUCUUCUACUUCAUAUGUAGAACCAAAGAGAUCUAUUUGGGCUACUUAUCUCAAUAUCUGAAUUAAGAAGAAAUUGUGAUCUAAGAGACCACCAUCGUGUCGAGUCACAGGAUAUCUACUCCCAAAUUGAAUCUCAAAUUGAAGACAAAAUAUAGCUAUAUAUAGCUCAACCAAAAAUCCAAUUGACCACACUUCUUGAACGAGUCAUAGACAUAGUUCUGGACGAGUUUUCCACAAAACCAUUAUACUAUUAAAUAAACCACGCA